AAAAAAAAGACAGAACAAGAUUGUCUCUCAACAAGAAGAAUAACAUCAGACUGCAACAAUACUAAACAACAAAUAUUUUGAGACAAGACAAUUUGAUAACAUCCGAUCAAACUCAAUUACAACAACAACAAUACAACAACAAGAAGAAACUCAACAAGAAACUCAAAGAUGGUGCACAAAACAGUGAUAACCGAACAAAAAUGGUUCAAAGAUUCGCCAACAGGUGGCCCUUGUGGAAGAUAUGGUCACAGAUGUGUAGUAUAUGAAGAUACAAUGUAUUUGAAUGGAGGAUAUAAUGGAAAGGAAAGAAUGAAAGAUACAUUUGCAUAUAAUUUAGAAAAGAAAGUAUGGAGAGAAAUUGAAAAUAAGGGAGAAGUGCCUUCCGAAAGAGAUUGUCAUUCAGCAGUACUUUACAAACACUAUAUGGUUAUAUUUGGUGGAGGUGAUGGUUUCAAUUGGUUAAAUGAUAUGUACAUGUUCGAUAUUAAGAACGAAGCAUGGAAGAAGAUUGAACCAAAAGGACAAGUACCAAGUGGAAGAGCUGGUCACUCUGCUAAUGUUUACAAAGAUAAGAUGUACGUAUUUGGAGGAUGGAAUGGUAGAAGAACUUUGAAUUGUCUCUAUUGUUUCGAUUUCCUCUCAGGAUAUUGGAGCAGAGUUGAAACAAGUGGUGUUCCUCCUCAAAGCAGAGACUCUCAUACUUGUAAUCUGGUUGGUGAUAAGCUCAUUGUUAUUGGUGGUGGUGAUGGUAAACAAAGACUCAAUGAUUUACACGAACAUGAUAUCAUUUCUGGUAAAUGGAGAAGACUUUCAUACAUUGGUGAGGUGAAUGCUGGUAGAGCUGGUCAUGUGAGUGUAGUAUUUGAUGGUAAAAUCUACAUCUUUGCAGGUGGUGAUGGUUCUAAUUGGCUCACAGAUGUCUAUGAAUGUGAUACAACUUGUAUGAAGUGGACUCUGAUAGAAACAGCUGGUACUAAUAAUGAAUCGAAUAUUGCCCCAGGUUGCUAUGGUUUGUCUGCAGUUCUCUACAAGACAAGUAUGGUAAUCUUUGGCGGUGGUGAUGGUAAAUCGUGGCACAAUAAGAUUUACGAAUUCAAAUUGGGUGAUGAUAAGAGAAAGAGAGAAACUAAGUCAAAGCUCUUCAAUGAGGCUAGAUAUAACAAGCUGACAGAUAUUUGCAUUGUUUGUGGUGAUGAAGUUUCAUCCACAAUAACAACUAGCUCAAUGAUGUCUGCCAAAGUUGAUGACGCCUCAUACUUCAAGCCAAAGAGAGCUCUCAAAGAACCAUCUGUCUCCUCACUCCUUAGUACAAGUACAGUGACGAGGAGCUCGUUAGAUAUUGCUUCGAUUAUUAGAGAAAGCGAUAUUGGUUUUAGAGAAUUCUUAGAAUUUGAGAAUGCUCUUAUUCAAAACUCUAGAAUGGAAGAUGACAACUAAUGUAAAUAACAAACAACAAUAACAACUGUAUAACCUUAAUCGCCAAAUACUAAGAUCAUUUGGUGAUUAUUUCGAGAGCUUUAAAAUUUUCCCUUCAAUAAUAAAAGUGAAAAUGUACAU